AUGGAGAACACGAGGAAGGCCGACCACUCAACCUCCGAUUCCGCAGCAUCUAUCGAAUCCCCGGAGCAGCAACUUUUAUCGCUCAAGACAUCGAGCUUGCAAGUAUAUCAUCUGGGUUUAUUCUCUAUCAACGGCGUAUUGCAUCAACUUUUGGAAUUGUACGAUACCCAAUUCAACGAGCUGCGAUUUUUGAAUUACAAAAGACGACAGCGGAUGCAAGCUAAAAUGGUGAACAUUUUUGUCAACGGCGGCCGCAAAUACGACAAGCGAAAAGCAAGAAAGUGCAAGAAGUACAGGAAGGAGCAGAAGGGGAAGAAGCGCAAAGGGAAGAGAAAGGAAAGGAAGCCGGGAGAGUGGAAAGCCGCCGAUUUUGAACAAUCCCAAAAGAUACCCUUGAUCGCAUUCGGGAAUGGCCGCUGGGGGCCCAACGUGUGCCACAAAUGCCAGGAGAGCAUGUUAAAGCCCAUUCAUGAAGACGAAAAUAAGGAACUGCACUCUAUCUUGGCCUGCAACGAGGUACACUGCAAAACGGUGUGGAACCGCGAGUCGUUGCCAGGAAGAAACCUGUAG